AUGGCGAUGAGCCAAGGCUUGGAGAAGAAGAAGUUGGAUCAGGAGGAUUGGGGCUUUUCUUCUUCGAGUUCCCCAAUUUCGGCUCGACGACGCGACGGCGGUGACAGAUUCGUUCAGCCGAACAAUCUGUGCUCGAGGUAUUUCUCGUCGGGCCUGAAAUCAGAAUUCUUGAGGACACCGGAGUGCAGGAGGCCGGGCAGACAGAGAAGGUGCAGAUUAUACAAGGAGAAAAAGAUGUUUGUUCCCAAUGGUUGUCCCUCAAAGAAACUUUUAUGGGAACAUAAGAUUCAGGAGAUAAUGAAACAAAUUGGUGCUUGGCUUCAUCCCUCAAAUUUUGGGACACAAAACUUAGAGGCAGUUCACGACAAGAAGAGAUAG